AUGAGAUUUCAAAGCCUUAUUAUCCUCUUUCUGUUUGCUCACCUGUCCGCCGUUACGGUUGCCGUCGCAGCCGCCUGGCCGGAGUCAGAAUUGCUUGCAACUAUUUCUCACGAGAGGGAUGUCAAAAGUCCCAAGGUGAUUAAGAUUGCGAAAUUUGCGAUCAAUGAACAGAACAAGAGAUCAAAAGCAAAACUGAAAUUGGUGAGAAUCCUUAGAUGCACGGAGAACGUUUACACAAUUGACAACUCUUUCUCCCUGGAGCUGUUGGCCAAACAUGGAACCAGGACUACUAAGAAAUACUUGGCUCACUUGUUUGAGACCAAGGAUUAUUGGUUUCGUCCAUCGACGAAUCAAUUUGAGCUAGAAAGCUUUGAACUUGCCCAAUAG